AUGCCUCAAGAGCUCGACACCACCAUUGCGAACCUGCGUGCCAAGGCUGAGCCCUGCGAGAACGUCAUCGAGGUCCUCGAGAAGCUUCAGAAGGACAAGAAGUACCACAUGGCUAUCGUCUCCUCGUCUGCUAUGCCCCGUGUCGUUGCCUCCAUCGAGAAGACCAAGAUGGACCAGUUCUUCGGCAAGCCCGACGAGGGCAUCUUCUCCGCCGCCAGCAGCAUCAACCCCCCCGUCUCCAAACCCAACCCCGCCAUCUACCUCCACGCCUGCGAGAAGCUUGGCUUCAAGCCUAGCGAGUGUAUUGCUAUCGAGGACAGCAGGAGCGGUGCUACCGCCGCCAAGAACGCCGGCAUCCCUCUUUUGGGAUACGUCGGACCCUACUACGAGGAGGGCCAGGAGAAGCUGGACUCCAUGAUCAAGCUCUUCCGCGACGAGCUUGGUGCUUUUGACGUUAUGCACAACUGGAAGGACUUUGAGAGCAUCUUGGCCAAGUACGAGAGCUCAUAG